CUUCCUCUCGUUCUUGACGCGUACCUACUCGCCGACAGCAUCGCGAGUUCUGCUUGCCUCGCGCUGCCUCGCGCGUACCUGCUGCGCGGCAAAGAGUCUCUAGCCGAGGUCUUACUGACUGCAAGGUGUCUAUGCCUUGCGCAGGCAAGCCAUCUCCGAGGGACGUCGAGCGCGCCACACGGGAUGAGGUGUUCGAUGCAGAAGAUGCUGAACUCGAAUCUUGCAUCCAAGCCAGCGCUGUCUCCAUCGUAUAGGUUGCCAAAGCCGACGUCUUUGUCAGGAACCAAUUUCCGUGUGCAACCCAGCAUGGCUCCUAUGUUGCGGUGUUUGUGUCCACAUACCGUUACCUUACCCGUACACGUGCUUGGUGCACAAAUGAGGCCUAUAAGAUGAGCUGGCAUGGUCGUCUGAAUCCCGUUACCCCUUACUCUUCACCUUGCUAUCGCUUCCGCUCCCGCCCCUCACCCUCGUCGCCUCCAAAUGGUUAGACUCACUCCGCUCGCCUCUCUCGCGUUGGUGUUAGGCCUACUGGCCGUCAUCGCGCCUUCCUCGCAAUCACAAUCCGGUCUGGUGGCGCGCAAGAACGGAUCAAAGGUGGUGACGAUCAGCCAGUCUGCCUGCUCUACCAUCAAGGGAUCUGGAAACGCUGUCAAGCCUCUGCCCACAAAGUCUAGCGCUACCACGGUGCACGACAUCAUCAAGGUGAUCUAUAGGACCACGCUUACCACAUCCGUCACCCCCGCCCCAUCCACCGUCAUCUCCACCGCAACCUCCACCGUCACCACUACCACAACAGAUCCAGCCAUAACCGACACACUGACCGUCUCGGAAACGCCAACGACGAGGGUCACCGAGACGGCGACUGUCACGUCGACGGCAACUGCAGAUGGAGGCACAGUCACGACGACCACGACGUCUACCAACACCAUUCCCGCUCUCGCCGGAUUCACGCCGCUGGCAAGUCAAAUAAGCGCAGCUGGCCAAACACCUGCCUACCGUCGAUCUCUCGCCACUUCUGCGCCUGGCGUGGGAAGCCUCUUGGCUCGCAAGCAGCAAAAACAAGAUGCGGGUUUCUGCGACAAGAAGGGCAAAGCGUUGCAGCCGAAAUCUGUCAAGUGCAGAAAACGCGUCGAGAUUGUGACCUACACACAAUCGACCGUGACCGCCAAAAAGCAAAAGACCGUCACCGUUCCUGCUCAGACGGCAACCAGCACAACAUCCGUUCAGACGACGACCACAGAGACAUCUGCUCUGCCCCAAGUGUCCGUCACGACCACGACGACGUUGCCCGUUGUGACGCAGACGGUGACCACAACGACCACCGCAACCACGACCACAACGACGACGGCUACUGCAACUGCGUCAGCCACUGCCACGGACUACGAGGCAUGUCGAGCGAACAAUUUUGUAGACAAAAUCAACGGCCGAUACGUUUCGGGCGGAGAUGGGUCGUACUUCCAGACAAUCACUUCCAAAGCGAGCAAAGAAGAUUGUUGCGCGUCGUGCGCAACUGAUGCCAAUUGCGAAUUCUUUGCAUUCUGGCAAAAUGGCAGUGGCGAUUGCUACACCUUCACUCCUUUCGCGGGCGAUACCUGUCCAGCCCAGUACACCCUUAGAACCGAGCAAUCCAGGAGUCGAGAGAACUCGUAUGCAGUCGGAAACGGUGCUUGUGGCACGUGGUCAGUUUGAACGCGACGACGCUGGACAUGGCCUUGCGAGCGACGCAGGCCUUCGACGCCUCGUGCUCUGCGACGUGUCCAUCGAACGACACAGCAAUGCACGACCCAUCCACCGGCGCAUCGUCCCCUUCUCUGGCAAUGCAUAUUCGCGCACACACAACACGAAACAACGCAAAUGCGCGCAGCACGUCCAGCCUCACCGGCCUCGUGAGCAAAGUAUAUCUGGUCUCAACGUCGACCACAACGCUCCCUUUUUUCCCAAACGUCAUCCAAGUGCCCGAUAUCCUGCCUUGCAUCCUCUUGAAUCCUUGCAUCUUUUUGAGCCUC